UGACUCCAGAGCUCUCAUUAGCGUCGCGGCGCUGCUCGCGUCCCACCGUAUUAAAUAAUAUGCAUUAAAUUGUAAGUGAAUAGUGAAAGUGAUUUGUAUAAGUACAUUAAGUUAAGAAGAAACUUGAAUCAAGAACGUGACAAUAAUGUAUUACAAAGUUUUAUUUAUAUUUUGCGGUGUAAUCUCAGCAUCCUCACAGACACACCUCCGCUACAUAUUCCCAGAGACAAACACCGAGUACAUUUACGUGAUAAAGACUAAUGUGUCAAUCAGUACCGGGACUCCUAAGGAGAGCGGCUCGUACUGGGCGAUCGAGGGGAAAUUGCACGUCAACAUUUAUGAUGACUUCACCAGAGCUCGGCUACAGUUAUAUGGUUUGAAGAAAUAUAUAUCUGGAACCCAUGGAACAAUAGACAAAGAAGAUAAAUUUAUUUCAGAACCAUGGGAGUUAGAUUAUCAGGAGAGCGGUCUCAUUAAUUCCAUCUACAUUGGGGAUGAGCCAGUCUGGUCCGCGAAUUUGAAAAGAGGGAUAUCAAUUAAUUUUCAACUUAUCAAGAAAUCUGGAACAUACUCGGAAAGUGAGCCAUGCCUAGACAGUACGUGCAUGGCAGUGUACACAGUGAAGGGAGACACGAUAAAGAAGUUCUAUAGCUACCGAAUCCCCACUACCAAGAGUGCCAGGUCUUGGUCCUCCAUACCAUGGACUGAUGACUUUUCCGCACGUCCCGUGGUGGAUUCAAUAGUAUCAGCGGAGAGGGAAUACAUUCUAGACGACAAGAAGGGUUUGAGCAGUUUGCAAUUGAAGGGCAGCUAUCAAUAUAAGACGCACGAGCACAUCCUAGCUGUCACAUCCACGUUAACAUUAAAAUAUCUCAAUGAUGCUGCAGCGGGGACGAUAGACAAAAUUAACGUUACUCAAGCGCACAUAUCUUACGUGGCGACUGACUCUUGCGAUCCGACCAAUGGAAUAAGAAACAUGAGCCAGGAUUAUAUGAAAAACUACACAAAGGAUUUGCUGCUCAAAGUAGCCAAUGGUAUUGAUGCUGACAAUAUAGUGAGAGAAGCUUCACUCAUUCACAAUUCGGACUUCAUUGAACUUUUAAACACAAUUUCACAAUUAACUUAUAAUACUCUAGUACAAUUGUUCGAAGAUUUAGUACUAAGCACCAGCUAUGACAUGGAAACUUGUAGAAAUAUAUUUUUGGAAGUCCUCCCUCAUACUCGAAGCGAGGCGUGUGCAAGAUUUAUAAAGUAUCUCAUUUUGGAACAGAAGAAAAAGAUCGAAGAUGCAGCUCUCUUGUCCCUGAUCAGAAAACUGCCACACAACGUAGCGACCUUAAGUCAAGGGUUACUUGAAGAUCUGGAGGUGUUCACUAGGCUCGGUCUAGACUUUCCUCAGGAUAUAAGGCACGCUGGAAUCUUGAGCUUUGCGACCUUGGUACAUAAGACCAUGAAUGUCAAAGAUUUAAAGCAGGAUUAUUUUGAUAAUAUAGUUGUGAAGUAUUUCAGGAUGUAUAGUGAUUGCCCACAAUACCUAGACCGUAUGGUAUGGUUGCAAGGUCUAUGUAACAUUGGGUACUCUGCGGAAGACUACAUUAGAAUAAUAUUCGCUGACAGUGGAAGAGAUCGACAUGAAAGGUUUUGGUCAGCAUUAGGGAUCAGCUCAAAAGUAGAUGAUUCUUAUAAGGUUUUAGAAAUGGUUCUGACAGUGCUAACCAAUGAGACAGAGCAUAUACAACUAAGAGUCGUGGCUCUGCACAUGUUCUUAAGCUCGCAAAACAUCAGGGAGAGUGACUUUAUGUUCGUUCACAACUAUAUACACAAGUGUGGUAAUAACCAACUAAAAAGGUUUUGGUACACUACUAUCAAGAAUUUGGAAGCCAGCAAGACAUUUUCGGGGUAUAAAGUGUCACCUUACUACGUACCUUUUGUUGCAAAUCAAGUAUCGAACCCAGAUCCGUUGUACUUCGCGACAAACAAUUAUAUAAUCUGUGGUCAAGAGGAGGUUGGAUCUCCUUCGCUGCAGGUGCUCAGUGUUGGGGACCCUCUAGGAGCCUUCCCACCAUUUAUUGGUAUCAAACUAAACACCGGGGGCAGAAGGCCGUAUAAAGCGGCUGUAUAUUUAAAUGUGGAAGGAGUGACAGCAAGUUUCUACAGAAAAUUUUUGAAAUCAUUGUGGACUUCGCAAGUAUUCGAUGUCGAGAAACUAGUGCAAGUACUAAAGAAUAUGAAAGCUUGGACUUUGAAAACGCCUGAAAAGGUACACAUUGAUAUGGUGAUAAAAGUUCAUGACAGAACGAUUUUUGCAACACACAUGAACCAGUCCAGAUUUGAUACUAUGAAUGGAGAAGAUUUGGCGUAUAUAGAAGACUUCCUACGUUUCGGGAGUCACAUAAAUCAGCAGAUCGUGUAUUACCCGUUCCAGUCGGACGUGCAUGUACCUACUGAACUAGGAACUCCUAUACGGCUGCAGUCUACAAUAGUUAGCUUUACGUCAAUACGAGGGAAUUUGACAGCGCCUACCACCGAAGACCUGACUUGGAGGAAUGAUCUGCACAUCAGGUAUCAAGGAACUUCUGUGACUUCGCUCUCCAUUGACGCGCCCGUAAUAGAAACAUCACAUAUAGCUAGAAUACAACAGUCAUUGGUUGCGCACUUACCUAUGAAAUUCAACAUAUCGUUUUCGACGUCUGAUGGAUCUUUGGAAUUGACAUGGCCCAACCCUGGAGCACAACAAAGUGGAGUGGCGAUGCAUUCCAGAGUCCAGAUUGCGGUUGAAUGCAAAAAGGGAAGGCAUAACUACACUUACACAGUUGGAGAUACAGGCGGAGAGGUUAAAGACCAGGAUAGUGGAAUAUUUUUUGAUUGCGAGCGACCAGUGACGGGAGCUGACGUUUUCAACAAACUGCUAACAACUAAAAAUAAUAAUUAUGACUUCUUCACCUCGGUCCAACCGUCGCAUAUCAUUUUGAAUACCAUUCUUUUGUUCACGUCGCCACCUUCAGGAUCAUGCGGUCUGAUCCUUUCUCCUCAGCGGCUACAGAAUCAUGUAGACGACGUUCUUCAAGCCAAGGUCCAGGCGAGGUACAGAGCUGAUGAUGAAGGAGUUAUGAAACUCGAUUCUACCUUCCUGCUUAGUUAUUAUAGGAUGGAUGAUCCACAGAAAGUGUUCCUCAAAAUGGAAGCGACCACAAAAAUGGAACAGAACUCGGUUGGAAAUACAAAUCUGAUGUUGUCGAUACAUGGAUAUCAGCCUGAUGCCAAGAGUUCUAAUAAUAAGAAAGAUUUCACGAUCUGCUUCCGCAAAAAAGACAUGGACUCCGCAGCAUCAGACCAGGACCUGGCCCAUCCAGUGUCAUACGAAGGCCACAUAACCCUUACGUUCAUUGCUAAUGAAUCUAUGUGCUUCGAAACUCAGCCGACGAGCGAAAUAACACUAAAGUACAAAGGGGUUCCGCAGUCGCAAGGCAAAUUAGAAAGAAACUUUGAGAUCAAGAUUUUUGGAAGAAAUCUAUCAGAAAUCGGUAUUUUGGAUUCACAACUGAUCAGUUCUACGGCUAUUGGCCAGAUUUUGAAAGGAUACACAAAGGAACCCUUGAAUGUGACCGCAGUAAUAACAGAAAGAAAUGGUCUAGCAUCUCUAAGUCUGAACCGUGGCGCAAUAAUCCAAUUCAAGUCUGAUAACUUCGCGUGGUUGUUGGACGGAUGGACCGGCAUGCAGGUGAUGAGAACCUUGGGACUGUACCGUGAAUGUAGAAUACAUGACACAUCUGUAAAGACCUUGUCUGGAGCGACAGAUUAUCUGCCAUCAACCGAUUGCCUGGAAAUGUUGGCUUUGGCCGACUGCAGUGGCAAUUCUCCUAGAUUUGCGGUUAUAAAGUUUAAAAAUGGAGUGAAAAUGUACUCUGGAGGUUACUACAUAUCUGUUAAAAACGAGAAUUCUGAAUUGGUCGUUGACGAUUCGAAUGCAGGCGAUCACUUUUGGGUAUCCCGUAAAUCAGGCGUGAAGAUCACGUCACGGCUGACGGCGCUGCGCGUGUACUACAGCAGCAACGAGACGCUGUUGAUGGUGCCGCACAUGUACCUCAACACCGUGUGCGGCCUCUGCACCGACGUCGCUGAGUAUAACGUGUGUUGAAGGUUCCACGACCUCAAAUAUUUGGAAGUCAUAAACAUUGUAUAAUAAACUAACAUAAAUAUAAUAAUUUAUGUAUUUCUUGAUUAAUAAAUAAUACACAAUUAUA